AAACUUUUAACUCACAAGUAAAUUUUAUUUUUUCUCACGCCACCGAAGACUUCCUUCUUCUACUGCACUUUUUUUCUUUCUCUCACUUUCUCGGAAAGUAUUCUCUUUUCCUUUUAACGUUCCUUGCUCAUUUUCUGUCACUUCCUUGGGAAAAGAAUGUAUCACGGAAUGGUAAAAUGCCAGAAAAUUCGUCAGAUAGUUCGGAUCCGACAAAUGCUGAAGCAGUGGCGAAGGAAUGCCCGGAUAACGGCCAACAACAACAAUAACGGACACGCGCCGUCUGAUGUUCCUGCUGGACACGUGGCGGUCUGCGUGGGCACCAGUCUCAGGAGAUUUAUCGUACGCGCGACGUACCUUAACCACCCCAUGUUCAGAAAACUCCUGGUACAAACUGAAGAGGAGUACGGUUUCAACAACGUUGGACCGUUAACCAUCCCAUGCGACGAGUCGUUGUUCGAGGAGAUUCUCCGAGCCGUAUCCCGAUCCGACUCGGGCCGGUUCUCCACAUUCGAGGUUCUUCAGAGAUGCUGCCAAGUCGGCAUGAAGGAUAAACUCGGGGGUUUAGGCGAAUCUCGACCGUUGCUUCAUGGGGUCGCCGAUAAAUCAGUGUACUAAAAGCUAAUGCAAGCAUAUAAUGAAGACAGAUCCUCCUUGGUUGACUCAACCAGAGUUGGAAGCGCUAACAGUUUUACUGAGUUGAUUAUGUUUCAUUAUGAUUUAUUAGAGUGAUUAGUGGGUAAUUUUGAAGUUCUUUUCCUUACAAUGAUUAUGAAGGAGAUGGCAAAGAGGGAUUGUUUUUACCGAGUCAUCCCGAGUGGAAAAGAGUGACGAAGCUUAAGCAUAAUUUAUUUAUUAUUUCCAUAUUGUAAAUCCAAUGACUUUGAGUUAUUAUUUUUGGAAUUUUAGAGAUACUAUAUAUAA